GGCGACCAGUCAAUACUGCUCCUCGUGUGAGAGAAACGACUGACUUGCUCGUCGAUAACGAUGCACUUCCGAUCCCGUUGCAAAAAUUUCAGCAUAAUCUUCACAUCUUCGUCGCCAAGGGGUGCAUCGUCACCCAGGACAUCUGAGAACGUGGCCUUGAAGCUUUCAAAGCUGUACAGCACAUCACUCGCGUCACCGGGUGUCAGCGAUUGUCGCACGAGGACCGCGUCUGCCACUUCCUCGAUGAGUGGUAGCAAGACGUAAUCGUCCCACCACGAUGUAUCCCUACCGCCGCUACUUGAAGACGCGCUGGAAAUCAUUCCCUCCUCGCCGACAACUCCCAGCUGCUCUAACGCCCACCAGAGCGGUUUACCGACAACAAAGGCCGCGAUCCGCACCGGAAGCCACCCAGGGUCGUAUACGGACUUGGCGGCGGAAAGAAAUUCGGCUUUGGGAUCGGACGGUGGCACGCAGCGACUCACGAUGGCUGUAGGUAAGGCUAAUGGCUUGCCGGCCCCAGGAUAUCGGAGCAAGUCCAUCAGCCUGGCAUUAGCGCUGAGGACGAGCCUUGAGCCGGAGCCUAAGCCUGCUCGCGUCACUGCCUCCAGUGUACCCCUCCACCAUUCUACGUUAGCUCGGUAGGCGACGGGAUUCGAGUGCUUCUGUCGGGAUAUGUCUGCGUACAAUGAUUGGAGACGGGAAGAUGAUGCGGAGGCAUAUGGCCCGAGGCGCAGGAGUGCCGGGUUGGCUGGUGCUGCUUUACUGGGUGUGUGCAUUGACGUACAAGAGUCUAAAGGUAGCAGCAGCACUGACAGUAAGUGUCACGUGGAAAUCACGCUCUUUCACGUUAUCGUCCUUUCUGUGACACCGUCACGAUGACGUAACGCGCUGCCAGAGGACGCUGACCCUUGUCUGGUCCUGCGCUUCAUCUCCAAAAGCUGAAUUCACCAACCCAUCAAGCAGCAAGAACUCGCAUAAAUUCCUUCUGUCAAAGAUAUGCCCCAUUUUAUCAAUGAAACAGCUUUUCAAAUCGUCGACGCACAUUUCGAGACAUGCGGAGUAUCCUAGACUUUCUACAUCCGCGCUAGCCAUUGUAGGCUGCAUUCAUUUCGCCCCACAACCAAAUUACCUUCUCCUUCACCUACCGCUAUGGACACGCUGACCUGUGCCUCUGAAUCUGCACUCUCCGUGACACCGUAUCGAUUCAGUCUUCUGAAACGGAAGCCAGCGCCGUCUGAAUCCUCGCUUACUGAGACGGAUUCGACACUUCCUGACAGGAAUUCUUCGCUAUGGGCUCUCGACCACCCAUUUUCGGACGACAAAACGAACACAUGCUGGAGAUCUCUCAUCGAUGACCCGGAGUCUGUGCCAGAAGCUCAGCCAGCGCCCGUAUACAGCAGCCGGCCUCGUGCUCAUACAGUCCAUGAUAGACCGUUCAGCAGGGUCAUUCGGGUCCCCCCUCCCUUUUUCGACGACACUCUGCUCGACCUCGAAGAGAAGUCAGUUCGGGCCAGCAUGUCGAAUCCUGAGAUCGUCAUGCUCAAGAAAGACGACGCGCCCCCCGAUGAGCCCCUGAGUCCGAAUCCACUUUCACGACAUGUUGGCAGCGUCGUUGUUCCUCCGCUGAAACCAACGAAGAAGGGCGCCGGGGUCAAGGGGUCGAAGCGAAGGAGGAGUGUCUCCAUCGCAGCAAUCUCAUCGCCGUUACCAAUUGCGAGCACGACUUCUGGGCCUCCUGUUCCACCUAUGGUGCUCACAAACACGUCGACUUUCACGUUGUCAGCCUUUCCGCCGCCUCCGCAAACGAUUCCCUCAAUUCACCCUGUUUCUUUGGAUGACGUACCUUCAGCUGCUAUUCCAGACAUCGACACUAGUCUUCGACCAAUACCGCCGACGCCUGCUCAAUCUUAUUUGCUUGAAGUGGAUCAACCCAGUCAUGUAGCGUCUGCUUCGCCUGUUUCACCGGCCGUCAAGCCAUCUCCGAUCGUGUUACAGAAGGGUGCAUUGAACAAGGCUUACUUUGACUUUGGGGAGCCGCCAGAUUAUUCGGAGUUCUCCGAGACACGGCUGCCCUCGGAUGAUCAACUGCAGCAAGCAGCCUUCCUCCCAGUCAUCUCAGAAAGCGGAGUGCGGAUCAGUUUUGGCAGGUUGUUCAGAGAGCAGAAAACGAUCGUCUGCUUCAUACGACACUUCUGGUGUCCGCUUUGCCAGGAUUACAUGUUCUCUAUCUCUCGAAAUGUCUCACCCAAGGUCCUGGACGAUGCGGGGGUAGACCUUGUGAUUGUCAGCAACGGGUCGUUUGAGAUGAUCAAGGCGUACCGUAAGAUUUUCAAGACCCCAUUCGAAGUCUACACGGAUCCGACGCACGAAGUGUACAAUGCAUUGGGCAUGACGCUCCAAACGAUGGAAAAGGGACCGAAAGGCAACUACAUCCGACACGGGCUGCUCGGUGGAAUCGGCAUGGUCGUCGCCAACGCUGUCAAGUCUGGCAUGCCGGUCUGGAAAGCCGGCGGGGAGAUUUCUCAGCUAGGCGGAGAAUUCGUACUCGGUCCGGGAAUAACUUGCAGUUGGGCUCAUCGGAUGCGAUAUACGAGGGAUCACAUUCCCAUUCUGCAAGUCAUCGCCGAAGCCGGGGUGGAUAUGUACACGCCCCUGCACCGCAUCGAGAGCUCGACGGGCGGUUCCUUUUUGGGUCUUUCGGCCCGCGAGGAAUCCAAGUGGAUGGAGAGACGGAGGAAGCUGCUGAGGAACCUCAAAAAGGACAAGAUGGCGCGCAGAGGAGGGCCCCAGUACAUCGACACAGCCUCAACCACGACUGGGACGUGCAGCAACCGUUCCAGCGUGGUUCCAACGCUUACAGAAUGUUCUUGGACACCCGCUACGGAGCACGGGAUCAACGUUGGCCUCAGCCAAUACGACAUCCAGAUCAUUCGGGAAGUCGAGGAAGAGGAUGUUGCCAGUGAGCAGGGCCCUUCUUCUGGUCUGAAGCUCUCUCCGCCGACUGAAGAAGUUAGCUACGGAGCUGAAACCUACACGAAUUCGUUUGUCGAGGAUGCCAGCGUGUUGGAUCAGGUGGACGCCGAAUCGUCCGUGACAGACUUGGCCUCGAUAACGGACGCGGUGCACGUCAGCUUCGAGCAGGCCAGGAUUGCUGCCAGUCCAUGCCGCAGCAGCAAGCUUGAUCAAACGGGGAUGUCAUCUCAUCGGUCCAGCGCUUCUUCGAUCGGCAGUGGCUUUGAUGUGGUGGCUUCCCAUCACGAUGUCUAUUUCACUAAGACGCCGGCCAACUUCCUCUCGCCUUCGUAUUCCGAGUCUUCGUUGGAAAGUUUCUAGAAACUUGGGAACACGGGCGGACUGUAUGUACGUAAUUGUAUGAUAUUGCUGUAACCCUUGGUAUUUAUUCUUAUUUACAUUGCCUUGAUCUCUGUCUUGAACUUGAGACUGGAAUUGAGAACUGUCUGUCUAAACCUCGUGAUUUUCUGGGUGAAUGUUGGCUAUGCAGAUCUACAGUCUGCACAGUCCGGACCUAGCAACACUCCUUGACAUUCCCCCGCUCGAAUCUCUUGGAGAGUCAAUCAUCUGGAUCUUACAUAGCAAUCAAGUUUCGCCAUGGCUCGCAGCAGAAAGUCGUGGCCGACUGCGUUGGUUCACAUCUUCACCAUCACCGAAAACAGUCCGAAAACCGGGUUCGAAAACAUCUCGCCAGGCUAGUCCGCUUCCGGGGGUCCGAGGUCGGCGGCUGAAGAGAAUAGGCGGCCAAUGUCCAGCUGUAUCAUCUCUAUCUCACGUCUUCAGCCCUCUCCGCCUGCCAUGGUUGUCAAGUUCUGCCAUGGCACUUGGGUUCCUGCCUGUCUCACGACCCCCGUUGUCACCCAAGUUCUGCCAGGUUCUCGAUUCUGUCUCUCCUUAUGUCAUCUUUGAGCCGCGGAACGCCUGUCCAGCCUCAGGAGGUCUGAGUUCGGAAGGGAGUUCCUCGGCCAGGAACAUCAGAGCCAGCGUCGAUGAUAUGGUGUGAUCAAUGCAGUCUAACCCAGUAAGUGAUGGUAUUCAAUACGUUCCUGAGCUAUGGCGCGCCCCAUGCAAGCCCCAUGCAAGUUCCGAUUCUUGAUCACGCCCUCAAACGCGCCUCGACCCCCCGAUUCCAGAUUCCAGAACUCUGAGCCACGGCGGCCUCGCUGUUUACAGAAACGAACAAGUCGGCAACGGCGCACCGGUUGGUCGUGACGCAGGAGUAGACAUCGCGUCGGUGGAGAGCGGUCGUCUUCGAAUUCUCACCGUGCACACCUGCGUAGCGAUCCGCGUGUGAUGAGGGCUCCGCACAGGAGAUCAUCUGCGCAGAACACGACUGAAUGCAGGCCGGAUCCGGGCGGGAGUGUUUCACAUCCGGGUGCAGUCAUGCACGCGUUUUGCGCGCGGUCUGGUUCGACGAGGGAGGCAUGCUGUCUCGGUGUAGGAGAUGACGCCUGGGUUCGGGCCAUUCGAGCCGAAAGAAGCAGAGCCACGAAUAAGAAUAACAUUUCGAAG